UUGAUACUUUUCCCUUACUGCGCAUGUGCAUUUCUGUCAGCACGGACUGAAAGCGAAGUCCGUUUUGUUGUGAUGGGUAAUUUCCGGUUUUGUUUAAUGUGUUCGAACGCUGACAAGAAACGUAAGUACUGACAGAACUAGCGUAUUUAAUUAGUAUAGUGUAUCAAUCACGCGUUUAGAUAAAAACAAUAUCAGAAAAAAAAACAUUUCGGGGAAAAUGGCCGUUAAAAUGUCGUCGAAGGCUAAGGACUUCUCGUGCUUAAAAAAUGCGUCAUGCAAUCUUGGAUUGUUGCCAUGGAGAUAAAAAAAUGCCAUUGACAUCUUAUAUAUGUAUAUAUCUUUAUGAAUCGUUAUAUAAUCGUCAUUGUAGUUUUUGUAUCGGUUCUGCGCUGUUUUAAGCUAGUUGGUAGCCUAGCAGUCCCACGGUGCCCAACUUCCGGAAAUGGAGGACGGAGUGCGAAAGGCGCUUCAAUGUGGCGCUCUGGUUUGACUCCCUACGUCUCCUGAUUCCCGUCGCCACUUGCCUUCCUUUCCUCCCUUUGCUCACCGUCAACUCCGGCGGCAGAAUGGCAGCUGCGGCGCCCAACCCGGAUGACUCCACCCGGAGUAGCAGUAGCAGUAGUAGCAGCAGCAGCAGCGGUGGAGGUGGCGGGACUGGGUGCGGCGUUAGCGGCUCGCCGAGCUCUCUCGCCGCGGACGGCGACGCGGAAGAGGCCGAGGACUUCACGUCGUCCUCCCAUUGCUCGGAGCUCUCGCGGCGGCAGAACGAGCAGAGGAAGCAGGGCAUGUUCUGCGACGUGACGCUGGCAUUCAGCAGCGGCGCCGCCGCCGGGGCCAUCCAGACGUGCGAGUAUGCGGCCCACAGGUCUGUGCUGGCGGCGGCCACCGACUACUUCACGCCGCUGCUGGGAGGGCAGUUCUGCGAGUCGCUGUCCGGCCGUGUGGAGAUGAAGGAGUGGAGCUCUGAGAUGGGGCUCGACCCGGAGACGGUGGAGAGCGUCAUCCAGUACAUGUACACCGGAGAGAUACGAGUCAGCACCUGCAAUGUGCAUGAAGUUCUGGAGCUGGCGGACAGGUUCCUGCUGGUACAGUUGAAGGAUUUCUGCGGUGAGUUCCUGAAGAAGAAGCUGAGCCUCACCAACUGCGUGGCGGUCCACAGCCUGGCCCACAUGUACACUCUGGACCAACUGGCUCUGCGCGCUGCCGACAUGAUCCGCCGCAACUUCUACAAGGUGAUCCAGGAUGAGGAGUUCUACACGCUGCCCUACCACUUGGUACGCAACUGGCUGUCGGACGCCGAGAUCACGGUGGACUCUGAGGAGGUGCUCUUUGAGGCGGUGGUGAAGUGGGUUCAGAAGCACCCGGAGGAGCGCAGCGGCUACUUUGAGGAGCUCUUCCGCCUGCUGAGACUGCCACAGAUCAAGCCCACCUACCUGACCAGGGUGGUGAAGAACGAGCGGCUGGUGGCCGCCAACGAGGCCUGCCUGCGCCUGGUCUCGGAGGCAGUGGAAGGCCACGCCAUACGAUUCGAGAACCUCAAGUCGGCCGAUAUGGAGUUCUGGUCGUCCCACAUGGCGUCCUUUCAGCCCCGCUUUGGCCAGAACAUGGAUGUGAUCAUGGUGGUGGGGGGCGUGUCCGAGGGAGGCGACUACCUGAGCGAGUGCGUGGGCUACUUCAUCUACGAGGACCGCUGGGUCAACCUGCCGCACAUCCACAACCACCUUGACGGCCACGCCAUCGCCGCCACAGAGUCCCACGUCUACGUGGCCGGGUCCAUGGAACCGGGCUUCGCUAAGACUGUGGAGCGCUACAACCCGAACCGUAACACCUGGGAACAGGUGAGCAACCUGACCACGCGCAAGCACUCCUUCGGCCUCACCUGCAUCAAGGACAUCUUGUACAGCAUUGGUGGCCACGGGAACUUUAGUCCGGGCUUCAAGGACGUUAGCGUCUACGAGCCCGAGCAGGACAAGUGGCACAAUCUGGAAUCCGCCCCCAAAAUCCUGCGAGACGUAAAGGCAGUGAGUGUGGAGGACCGCUAUGUCUACGUCACCGCGCGCACGCCCGUCGACACGGACAAAGAUGACGGACUGAAGACGGUGACCACCCGCUAUGACACGGACAGCCACCAGUGGCAGGAUGUGGAAUCUCUGCCCCUCAUCGAUAAUUACUGCGUCUUCCAAAUGGCCGUGGCCGCCACCAACUUCUACCACACCGCCUCCUGCUGCCCCAAGAGCUACGGCGUGCGGGACGAGGUCGCGCGGCAGAAGAUCAGCGCUCGCAUCUCCGAUGAGAUCCUGGAGAGCCUGCCGCCGGAGGUGACCAGCAUCGAGGGCGCCGCGAUCUGCCACUUCGACGAGGACGUCUUCAUCAUCGGCGGCUGGAAGAACAGCGACGACGUGGACAAGCAGUACCGCAAGGAGGCGUACCGCUACUGCGCCGAGAGGAAGCGCUGGAUGCUGCUGCCGCCCAUGCCGCAGCCGCGCUGCCGGGCCACCGCCUGCCACGUGCGCAUCCCGUACCGCUUCCUGUACGGCUGCCAGCGCUACCCGAUGCCGCAGAACCUGGCACGCCAGCGGGACCGCAUGCAGCAGAUGCAGCAGCUGCAUCGGCGCACGCUUACCCUGCGGCGCCAGCUGCAGUCGCAGAUAGAGUGCUGAGCCGUGGUGUCAUCCUCGUCCAUCCACCCGCUGACGUUUGUGGACUCUUGAUUAGGCUCUUUUUUUUUUUUUUUUUUCUUACAACCUGCUCUAACAAGGAAGUGACAUUUCUCUCUCGACCAAUCAGUUGGCAGCACCUUAACAGUAGCUCAACAAAAGGCUACAAAAAGUUGGAUAUUCUGGAUUUACAAUCUGGAUGGGAAGGAGGCUUUAUAUAAGAAUCUGCUUGCUCUCCAAUUCAUCCUGUCUUGUUGCCUGCCUGAAUCACACGCGUUUUUUCUUGUUAUCAGCAUAAUCUCUUUCAUCACCAGCCUGGACCGCAUCAUUCGUACACGCCUAACACGCCGCAGUCUCUUUGUGGUUCUCACCAAACUGAACGCUGUGCCAUCGUGCUGUGUCGUGGUGUCGGCGACUCUUUAGCAAGCCAUGAAACGUGUGUGUGUGUGUGAGAAUGGAUUUACUGAAUGUAAACACAAGCGUAAGAGCGGUAACGUUGAAAUAUGUGUUUGUACAUAAAUAAUAUAAAGCUGUUUAUGAUUAUAUAUUUGACAUUCCUACGUAGUAUGCCCCGCUCCAGGGAAGCGGGAUGACCUCGCUAAAAUUCCGGCGAUCCAACAACACGCAAUUCCCGACGAGGCUUCAUUCCAUUCGUAAACACUGUGACAAUCUCUUCUUCAUGCAAGCACGCCAGCUCUUUAGUGCCAUAACCGUCUCGCUUGCUUCUGCGCAGCCUACGCUACCAAACGCACGUCGUUCGAUCCUCCCGGUAGACUAGCUUGGUUUUAGUUAGAGCACGGCCUCCCACAGUGUACAGUAUUUAUUAUUUUUCUCAAAGAGAUAAGAUUUGUCUUAAAUUUUCCUCCUGUCAUUCCUUUCAUUUUGCACUUUGCAAAGCAAUUCCUCACAUUCAAAAAAAAUAUGUGCAAAGUCCAACAGCAACAGAAAGAGCACUUUUUUCUGACAUCUUAAUGGGGGGUGGGGUUUAAGUUGCUGCAAACGUUUCCUGUUUAAGUUAAACAUUUGGGGCUCAGCUGAGAAUAUUUACUGUGAUAUGCUGUUUGUUCCCCCCCAGUGUUAAUUGUUCCUCACUCCCAGCUCACUGGGUGUAUAUUUAUGUUUAGAGAUGCUCAAUGUGUGCUUCCCCUCCAAAGAGACUUGAAAAUAAAGACAUCAGCAAACUUAGGAAA